AUGGCCGACAACGUCCUCUCCAGCAUUUUCUCAGGCCCUGAGGCUCCUCAGGCUGUUGUGAAAAAGGCGAUUGAAAGUGGACAGAGCUCGCAGUCAUCCAGUGUCACUGGACAGACUAUAACGCUUCACGAGUUCACCGACGAUCUUGUUGAAGGCGUCAUGAGAGAAGGGUUACUGAUUGCUCGUCUUCAAGCGCGGGCUACAGGGAGGGAGUCAGAUUUUGUGGGGUGUGAGGGUGGGAAGGAGGGAGGUUUGGAGGUGGGGGGAGAAGCGGGGAACUCUGUGCGAGGUGCUAGUGAGGUUGCCGAGUUGCUGGUGUCUCGGUUGAUUCAAAACGUUUUGGAAGAUGCCCGGAAGUCGAGGAAAGAAGAGACAGUUGGCGAGAGGGACAAGAACGGAGGACUCCGCCCCUUUUCCUGGGUGAGGGGUGGAGCCUCGAGGACAUCCGAGAGUCCAAUGAGGUCAUCAGAGAGUCCGAUGAUGUCAUCUCUAAAAGCAGUUCUCCUUCGCCAGACCCUAGAGAAACCGAAACAGCCAAAUCUGCCGCACGAUUCCGAGACACACGAUAUUGAGCAGUCCACGUCAAGUUCUCUACUUCAUCUCACUGCUCCCAGUUCACGCAUGAGCUAUGCUUGGUCCGUUGCCUCGACGAGGGACGAGGGUUCGCGACCCGUGUCACCGAGUGAUCUGGACCGCCUGGCACUCAGCUUUGUGUGCAACAUCGAGGAAUACUGUAGCAUGUUUGCCGAGCUGGUCAUCCGUGGAGCCAUCGCACAAGUCACGGGCAACAAGAAGUACAUGUGUCAUGUCCCAGUGAAGUCUUACCACAGUUCCCGUGAGUCCCUCUCUGUCGCGAGUGGCGAUUUGAGAAUGUCGGUCCCGUCGGUCCGCCUCCCACCCUCCCUCGGAGAGGUGGAGGGAGAGAGUCACACGUUAACGCCUUCCAGACUGGACACCUUCCUCAGCAAUCUGAGUGAAGCCGAGCCUGUCAGCGGAGAUGUGGAGGAGGGAGAGGGAGGGUUCCAGUUGAGGUCAACUGCUGUUGAUCAAGCUCUACUGAGAAAGGUUGCCACUGGCAACUGGGGGUGUGGCAAGUUGGGGGGAGAUCCCCAGCUGAAGUCAAUGUUGCAGUGGGCAGCUGUGUCGGCCUCUGGUCGCUCUGAGAUGAUCUACUUCCCUAGCCAAGACCAGAGAAUGAAAGAGCUGGUGAAUGUGAUAGCUCACAUCCGAGCCAAGCAGUGGAAAGUGGGUCAACUGGUCUCGGCACUGGUGGACUACUGCCAUCUCAGCUCAGAAGACAGAAAUAGCAAGCAACUCUUCUCAUUUCUUCUGCACAAUUAAUCGUGGUGGCUAAUCAUAAGUGCCACAACCUGACUAACUGCUGGAUUGUAGCAUACAUAUAAUAUUUCGCUGUCAAUUGUUUAACCACUUAACAUCAAUCAUUAGUCAUGUCAUUCUUUCAAUGCUGUGAAAAAAUCAAGAAUCAAAUUUGGGAAAUGAAAAAAGAAAAAAAUCAGUCUUCAAGGGGUGGAGGGGUUCUACAGUCCAAGUGAAAUGUUGAAGGGGUUUUUGCAGUGCCGACACAGACAGUUCUUGCAAGAAAUGCUUUUCACAAAGCACGGACACUUUCCACGGGCACAUAUCCGAUCGAAAGUCUGCGGGUUAUUCGUUCCACAGCGACACCUCCAGUUUCCGGGGGUCAUGGGGGACCGCUUUUUCUUUUUGACGGGGGUUGGGACGGUGGGGGACAGAUCCUCCGAACUGCAUGGUGCCAUGGAUAGUUUUGCUGGUGGGGGCGUGUCAUCGUGUGCAGAGUGUUUCGUCUUCCGUGGUUGACUGGUGUGUGGGUUACUAAGAUAUGGAGACUUGUAUUUCCGUCGCAGAAGCUUGUACUUUGCUCUCGGUGUUAGUGCUGUUCGCGAGCGGAGAGGGACCCCCCGUGGGGUUUUCUUUCCGGUUGUCGGCAGUUUCGUGGGGUCCGGUAGCUUUGGUCUCAGAACCUGAGCAAAGUUUGGGAGACAGGAGGAGUGCGGACGGUGGGGAGGAGGGAGAAGGGCGGCGGACGGGAGAUCUUGACUAAGAGUGUAGACAAAGCUGGUUGAGGAAAUGAACUGGUGGUCGAUGCAAUCAUCUGUGACCUCCGGAGUGUCCUCUGCGCGGGGCAGAGUUGCUUGCUUCAAUCGGAGGAGUUUCAGAGAGAAGAAAAGCUUCAUUGCACCUCUGUGGGAUGCAGGCCGUGAAGAUACGAAAUCGACACUACCGUGGAACAUGACUGAUGGAAUUUGGACGAUUUUGGCUCUCUUCCACUUUCUUGACAGCGGGAGAGUUGCCUGGUUGGAAUGUCCCAAUCUGCUCUUUCCCUUUACAUCCUCCACUGCCUCUCCAUCCCUUCUCUUCCCUUUAGUGUGAGAUUGUCGUGCGGAUCUGCUGAGGAGGGGAGAAGGCGCGGUUCCUGUCACAUCAAUAGGUCCCUCUUCGUCCUGCGACAGAGUAUUAUUCUCUACUAUGGAUGCAGAACUGGGGCCAGGGAGGGAUUGUGUAUGGUUGCCAACUGAAGACGGAGUUUGCUCUUUUUUGAGGGUGGGUGGGUCGGGAGGAGGUUUGGGGUUAAGGUAUUUUUGCGGUGGAAGAACGAAAAGCACAGUCCGCGAAACCUUAACCCCAUUUACAACCUCGGAUAGGAUUUCAGUCACGGGGUUAAAUCCAACCGGAAUCUCCUUGCCUUUGGCCAACACAAACUCUCCCUUGUGUAGCUUGGCCGAUGGAUUGCCAGCAAUGUAGUCGGCUAACACGUGGCACAUGUGGCGAUAGCAUUUGACUACCAGUCUGAUUUGGUUUUCUGAUACUAGCCCCGUUCGCUCCUUACACUGCCGACACUGUAUCUUGAGCAGAGGAGUCCCCAGUUGGCACUUGGCGCAGUAGCAAUGACCGCACGACAGAGAGAUCAUUGCUUCUUCCAGGAGACCGGCGCAUGCGCAGCAGGUCAGUAGCUGGCGAAUGAAGGGGAGUAGUUGGACAAGAGGUGGUAGCGGCUCGUCCCGAGGAGGUUUCACUCCCCAACACUCAUACAGGACGACGCUCCACGCUUCUGCGUAGGCUUCGGUCGCCCUCGCGGCCAUGCUGCAGCUCUUGGGGAGCGGCAUAGCGCCGAACCUUCGUUCUUUUCUUCGUCUCCUCGAC